AUGGCUUCAAAGAAAAUGGAUUCAGAAACAGAAGAUACUCCAGAUGACGGAGAAAUAGGCGUUGUGAGCUCGACACCUCUGUAUCCAGCAACUGUUACUCAUGGAGGGGAGGAAUUGUGCGAUAAUACUACUAAUAAUAAUGAUAAUGAUAAUAGUAGUGGUAUAGACACUACUGAUAAUGAUAAAGUCGACGGACUCUAUCUAAUUCAAAAUUAUGAUGAGGUUGAACUUGAUCGAUCAGGAGAGCAAAUUCUUGUGAAUAGUACUACUACUACUACUACUAUUAGUAGUGUUCUUGUGAAUGAGAAAACCAGGUGUCCGCAGUCUGAAGCAGGUUGGGACCCUGUCCCGACCAGCUCUAUCAAUGGAGAGAUUCCUGACGAGGAAGAUAAGAAUGAGUUGGAAAUUCAGAAACUCAGCAAGACUUCAUCGGCUGGUGAAACAGAGUCAGUUUCCUCAUCUCUUUCUGGUAGUAGUACUAGUAGUAGUAGUAGUAGUAGUGAUGGUAGUUGCAAUGUGGCUUCUAGUACGACGGAGCCAAUUUCGUUCACUAAUUACCAAGUUGACGCUAAGUCACCACUUGCAGUCAACCUCAAGAAAACAUUUGAAAAUACUGCGAGAGUUGGUGAAGCAACAUGCAGUAUGAACAUUGAAGAAAUAGAAGAAAUACAAAAGAGCUCGACACCUGUAUCAGAUCCUAUACCAGGUGCUAGUACAGGCCCGACACCUGUAACGGAUCCUAUACCAGGUGCUAGUACAGGCCCGACACCUGUAACGGAUCCUAUACCAGGUGCUAGUACAGGCCCGACACCUGUAACGGAUCCUAUACCAGGUGAUAGCUCGACACCUGUAUCAGAUCCUAUACCAGGUGAUAGUGCAGGCCCGACACCUGUAACGGAUCCUAUACCAGGUGGUGAUAGUGCAGGCCCGACACCUGUAACGGAUCCUAUACCAGGUGAUAGUGCAGGCCCGACACCUGUAUCAGAUCCUAUACCAGGUGAUAGCUCGACACCUGUAUCAGAUCCUAUACCAGGUGAUAGUGCAUGCCCGACACCUGUAUCAGAUCCUAUACCAGGUGAUAGCUCGACACCUGUAUCAGAUCCUAUACCAGGUGAUAGCUCGACACCUGUAUCAGAUCCUAUACCAGGUGAUAGCCCGACACCUGUAUCAGAUCCUAUACCAGGUGAUAGCUCGACACCUGUAUCAGAUCCUAUACCAGGUGAUAGUGCAGGCCCGACACCUGUAACGGAUCCUAUACCAGGUGCUAGUGCAGGCCCGACACCUGUAUUAGAUCCUAUACCAGGUGAUAGUGCAGGCCCGACACCUGUAACGGAUCCUAUACCAGGUGAUAGUGCAGGCCCGACACCUGUAACGGAUCCUAUACCAGGUGCUAGUGCAGGCCCGACACCUGUAUUAGAUCCUAUACCAGGUGAUAGUGCAGGCCCGACACCUGUAACGGAUCCUAUACCAGGUGAUAGUGCAGGCCCGACACCUGUAACGGAUCCUAUACCAGGUGAUAGUGCAGGCCCGACACCUGUAUCAGAUCCUAUACCAGGUGAUAGCUCGACACCUGUAUCAGAUCCUAUACCAGGUGAUAGCCCGACACCUGUAUCAGAUCCUAUACCAGGUGAUAGCCCGACACCUGUAUCAGAUCCUAUACCAGGUGAUAGCUCGACACCUGUAUCAGAUCCUAUACCAGGUGAUAGCUCGACACCUGUAUCAGAUCCUAUACCAGGUGAUAGCCCGACACCUGUAUCAGAUCCUAUACCAGGUGAUAGCUCGACACCUGUAUCAGAUCCUAUACCAGGUGAUAGUGCAGGCCCGACACCUGUAACGGAUCCUAUACCAGGUGCUAGUGCAGGCCCGACACCUGUAUUAGAUCCUAUACCAGGUGAUAGUGCAGGCCCGACACCUGUAACGGAUCCUAUACCAGGUGAUAGUGCAGGCCCGACACCUGUAACGGAUCCUAUACCAGGUGAUAGUGCAGGCCCGACACCUGUAACGGAUCCUAUACCAGGUGAUAGUGCAGGCCCGACACCUGUAACGGAUCCUAUACCAGGUGCUAGUACAGGCCCGACACCUGUAACGGAUCCUAUACCAGGUGCUAGUACAGGCCCGACACCUGUAACGGAUCCUAUACCAGGUGAUAGUGCAGGCCCGACACCUGUAACGGAUCCUAUACCAGGUGAUAGCUCGACACCUGUAACGGAUCCUAUACCAGGUGCUAGUACAGGCCCGACACCUGUAACGGAUCCUAUACCAGGUGAUAGUGCAGGCCCGACACCUGUAUCAGAUCCUAUACCAGGUGAUAGUGCAUGCUGCUGCUGCUGCCCUGACACCUGCUGUAAUUGUUAUGGCUCCAGUGGGGACGGUGAAGAUGGUUCAGGUUGUUUCCCUUUCUUGACCGAUUUAUUCUCAUGGUUAGGAAUCUUUAGAGAGCGAAAUGAAUCCUCGCCUUCAAAUUUAUCGUUGAGCCGAUCAAUAAAAACUCUAGAUGUUGAGAUAAAACGCCAAAAGUUGAAAGGUGAUCGGACAGAAGUUAAAGUUAAAAGUGGAUAUGAAGUAGAACCGAUAUCUGAUCAUAAAAGCUCUUGUUCGAACCAUUCCACUAAGACAUCGUUACGUCAAAGCGUGUAUGUCGAGGAACCAGAAAUUGAGGUGGAAGAUUUUACAGCGAUGGAAAAUGUUCCUAAAAAUACGCAAGCGGAAACAAAUCCUACAAAACUUCCGUCGGAUAAUUUAUCUGAAAUAAUCGAACUUUCACUGAACAUAGAAACAGCGCCAAGAGAAACGCCGGAAACGCUACAACUACAAUCCGUUGGACCAGCGGAGUGGACCGAAAUAUUCAGCUUCAAGGGAAUGAUGGACAAGUUUUCUUUGUAUAAAGAUAUGCUGUUAUCACCAACUCAGGACGGGAGUGAACGCAGAGUUACACCUACUGAAAAUGUGGUGGUGGACCGUACACCGAGCCCUGUGGUAUCACUAGCUCCGUCAGAUCCGCCCGAUGUUGUGUCCCCAAUUAGCGAUCCAGACGUAUUCGAGAGACCUGAUGACAGUUCCAUCACUACUAGCACAAAAAAAUCAGAGAAAAAGGGAGUAAAAUCCAAAUUUAAACGCUGGUUCAACUUGAAAGUGGUGGCACAGGAAAACAAGAACAGAUAUUAA